UGUGUUUGCAAUGUGUAUUUUUGUGUUCUAAAUAUUUACAAUAUUUUUUAAUAUGUUGGAGAUUAAGGAUUUUAUAGAUUUUUCAAUUACUAGCUGGUACGAGAACUUUAAACACGUAUCGCUCAAAACGAUUAUAAUAGAGUUGCCGGAUCAUUUCGUUAAACAAGUUACCUGUAGUGAGAAUGAGGUUAACUGUGCAGAAGACUAUGCUAGUUUUGAAGAAAAGUUAAAAAACGCAAUUAAUACGUUAGAUAAAAGUGUUUUUGUGAAAAAUAAUUGGCACGCUCCUACAGAUGCUAGGAUGUUCAGUUUUGGAAACUCGUUGAAGGCGUGCAAUAUAGACGAUAUUAUACUUUAUUUUAAUACUUCUGGUACCAUACAGGAAGACUUCAGCAGUACUAAAGGUAUUCCGUUUUGUUUGGCACUGAGAAAAUGGGUCAGCAUUCACCCCGCAGCAGAAUUUCGGUGCAUUAUUAUAAACAACGUAUUACGUGGGAUAACACCCAGGGAUUGGCCAACAUAUUACGCUCACUUUAAAGUGGAAGGUCCACAGAUUAUUGACCAGUUAAGAAAUUUUUAUAAUGAAAAUAUAAGGUUGAAAUUUCCAAGGAAAAAUUAUAUUGUUGAUAUUGUUAUGUCGUAUCCCGAUGAUCCCUUCAUUCUUGAUUUUGGGCCCUUAAAUAGUAAAACAAAUUUGUAUGCGUUUACCUGGAAGGAGAUACAACCACUUAUAAGUAAAGAGUGCCCAGAAGAUAUCCCUCCGGUUUUCCGAUAUUUGGAGACGGAUAUCGGUAUAAUGACUAGAGCCGCUGCAUUAAAUAAAUUUGCUAGAUCUCAAAACAUGUAACUUAAUUUAAAUGGGGAAGUAUUAAUAUGUUUUGUAUCAAAUAAUGUGAAGACUAAUGUUCUGUGUACUUGAACUUGACAGAAUCUCAGGCUGUUUCCCUAAAAGGCAGAAAGAUAUUUUGUAUACAGUUAAAUAAAUAUAUUUUUACUUAAAUUUGUUUAAUAGCGGGAUACUAAGAUGGAAAUAUGACAGGGAAUUGUGCCAAUAAAAGCCAAAAAACGACUUAUUUAAUUUCUAACUUUACGCAAUAAAGUAUAAUUUUUAGUUCACAUAAUUUAAUAGGUUGUCCCCUUAUUAUUGAUGGAUACAAUAUUCAGAAGAAUUUUAUUUUAGAGUUAUAUUAUUUAUGGAGCAACCUAAGAAUCCAAUCUGAUUUCUCUUCUUUUUUUUGUUUUUACAAUCGACAUAAUUGCCGUAAAUAAAUCUACGUAGAUAACUUCACGGUUUUUUCUAUUGUUGAAAAAUACGUUAGAUACUUAUCAUUAAUAUAUUUUUUGGUUUUUGCAGCAUACUAAACUAAUCAGGCUCAUUGUCAUUGCUAGUAUAUUCAACUAUAUGGAUGUGCAUAUUUUUAUAAAUUUCAAAUAUUUACAAAGAUUAUGAAUAAAUAAAGUUUUAUUUAAGGCAACAUUAACAUGUUCCUAUGUAGACUGUUACUAAAUAAAGCCUCACCCUCUACUAACCAAUGAAUCAAAUCUCGACUGAAGAUGAUUCCAAACUUAUACUCAAUGUACAGUUCAGGUUUGACAUAAGGCUUCAGUCGAUAGUGGAUGGAGAGACUCAAUACGCAUGUGUCCUUAAAUAUUGUUGCAUUUUUUUUUAUUAAAGUUUAGAAUUGUAACUGGAAUUGUGUAAUUACUGUAAAUUUUAAUACAAUGUUUGUAUUAGUUUCAUUACAAGAAUA